AUGGCAAACAACAAUCUCUUCGAUAGUAUUCCAAGCGGAAUCAUCCCACAACAAUGGUGCAAUCUUCCAUAUCUUCACAUCUUAGAUCUUGCAAACAACAACAUUUCAGGGGCUAUUCCCAAUUGUUUACAUGAUUUAACUUCAUUGGUUUAUGAUGAAAGUAGUAUGGCAGCCACAUUGUUCGGCGAAAAGCGUUAUGCGGAGCAAACAACUCUGAUGGACAAAGGUGGAGAACGUGAAUAUGGCAAUAAUCUUAUAUAUAUAUAUAUAUAUAUCAAUAUUAUUGAUCUUUCUCGAAACAAUCUAAUUGGUGAAAUCCCUGAAGUUAUCACAAGCCUCAUUCAAUUAAUAGCCUUAAAUUUUUCGUGGAAUCAAUUAACAGGCAGCAUCCCAAAGAAGAUUGGAAACAUUACAGGAUUGGAAAGACUCGAUCUUUCAAACAACAAUCUUUCAGGACCCAUUCCAAAAAGCAUCUCAUCUUUGAACUUUUUGAGUCACCUGAAUCUAUCUCACAAUAACUUGUCAGAAAGAAUCCUAUCAAGAAACCAACUCCAAACACUCGAUGAUUCAUCUAUUUAUGCAGACAACCCUUUAUUGUGUGGGUUUCUUCUUCCCACCAAGUGCCCAGGCGAUGAAGAUCAUACAUCUAAUUCAUCUACUUCUGGUGGAGGAGGCUCAGAAGACAAUGGUGCUAAGAAUGAUAACGAAAUGCUCUGGUUCUAUGUUAGCAUGGGCUCUGGAUUCCUUGUGGGACUUUGUGGUGUUUGCUUCACUUUAUGGAUCAAAGAGUCAUGGAGACAAGUUUAUUUUCGAUUUGUAGGGAUAGCAUAG